UGGGGUGGCAGGGUAGCCUAGUGGUUAGAGAGUUGGACUAGUAACUGAAAGGGUUGCAAGUUCAAAUCACUGAGCUGACAAGGUACACAUCUGUCGUUCUGUCCCUGAACAGGCAAUUAACCUACUGUUCCUAGGCCGCCAUUUUAAAUAAGAAUUUGUUCUUAACUGACUUGCCUAGUUAAAUAAAGGUAAAAUGUUACGUUUAUAUUUGUGUUCAGUAUAUUUAGUUGAAUUAAGGCUAGUUGCAUAAAACUUUGAACUCUCUCUCUCUGAUGUGUUGUCAAAUUUAGACUAGGCUUCUUAUUCACUCCCUGAGGUCAGUGUUGAGUUGUAUCGUUAUAUCAUUGCUACAAGAAUCGGCAGACUUUAGGACGGCGAAAAGAAAUGGCUCUGCUGGUGCCCUAGCCUUCACCUAUUCCAGAUCCUAUCCCUCGAGCGACGUGGCCAAUCAGUGUGUGUGUCAGCGACACAUGAAUGGUGAUAUCCAAGAAAUGGAACAAAGAAGCCGCUCGUAUCGAAUUUCCGUCGAUAGAGAAAAUUCGCGGAUGAAACAGCACAGAAGAUUUGUUGUUACGGCUUGAGUGAAACCAAAUGAAUGACGCAAAGUCCAACUGUUUUGGUUUGCUCAAGGAGGGAACUUGGUCUCGUGAGAGCUUUGUCGGUCGCCAGGCGAGGCUGUUGGCUACAUUGGAACUUUUUAUUCUGGGUGAAGGAAGCCAGCUGCAUCAGCCUGUCUGUUUUGAGAGUUGAAUUUCGAUAUGUGUGAGGUUCCUCUGACAGUGGACUGAGUGUCUCCUGUAGGAGCGAGGUUCCUCUGACAGUGGACUGCGUCUCUCCUGUAGGAGCGAGGUUCCUCUGACAGUGGACUGCGUCUCUCCUGUAGGAGCGAGGUUCCUCUGACAGUGGACUGAGUGUCUCCUGUAGGAGCGAGGUUCCUCUGACAGUGGACUGCGUCUCUCCUGUAGGAGCGAGGUUCCUCUGACAGUGGACUGAGUGUCUCCUGUAGGAGCGAGGUUCCUCUGACAGUGGACUGCGUCUCUCCUGUAGGAGCGAGGUUCCUCUGACAGUGGACUGCGUGUCUCCUGUAGGAGCGAGGUUCCUCUGACAGUGGACUGCGUCUCUCCUGUAGGAGCGAGGUUCCUCUGACAGUGGACUGCGUCUCUCCUGUAGGAGCGAGGUUCCUCUGACAGUGGACUGCGUCUCUCCUGUAGGAGCGAGGUUCCUCUGACAGUGGACUGCGUCUCUCCUGUAGGAGCGAGGUUCCUCUGACAGUGGACUGCGUCUCUCCUGUAGGAGCGAGGUUCCUCUGACAGUGGACUGCGUCUCUCCUGUAGGAGCGAGGUUCCUCUGACGGUGGACUGCGUCUCUCCUGUAGGAGCGAGGUUCCUCUGACGGUGGACUGCGUCUCUCCUGUAGGAGCGAGGUUCCUCUGACAGUGGACUGCGUCUCUCCUGUAGGAGCGAGGUUCCUCUGACAGUGGACUGCGUCUCUCCUGUAGGAGCGAGGUUCCUCUGACAGUGGACUGCGUCUCUCCUGUAGGAGCGAGGUUCCUCUGACGGUGGACUGCGUCUCUCCUGUAGGAGCGAGGUUCCUCUGACGGUGGACUGCGUCUCUCCUGUAGGAGCGAGGUUCCUCUGACGGUGGACUGCGUCUCUCCUGUAGGAGCGAGGUUCCUCUGACGGUAGACUGCGUCUCUCCUGUAGGAGCGAGGUUCCUCUGACAGUAGACUGAGUGUCUCUGUGAGAGCGGCUCUCAGCCAGGGACGACUGCCCUUCUGGCCACAGCGCCCAUGAGGUAACGGCGAGAAGUCCCAUACCACCUUCUCUUCGCCCUCCAUCUCCUUCUAUCCCUCUUCAGCGAUGGGUCAGAAGAUCUCGGGCAGCAUCAAGUCGGUUGACGCACGGGGCGAUCCCUCCUAUCGGCCUGUCCGCCGUGAGCUGCGGGGUCCAGACUUCUGCCGGCCUCCUCGUCUUGACCUACUUUUGGACAUGCCCCCUGCGACCUCUGACCUGCAGCUCCACCAUGCCUGGAACCCAGAGGACCGCUCGCUCAACGUCUUUGUCAAGGAGGACGACAAGCUGACCUUCCACCGCCACCCGGUGGCCCAGAGCACCGACUGCAUCCGCGGCCAGAUGGGCUACACACGGGGGCUCCAUGUCUGGCGGAUCCACUGGCCGGCGAGACAACGAGGAACACACGCUGUCGUAGGGGUGGGCACGGCUGACGCUCUUCUACACUCUGUGGGUUACACAGCCCUGGUGGGUUCGGACUGUGAGUCGUGGGGCUGGGACUUGGGCCGGAACAGACUCUACCACGACAGUAAGAACCGGCCGGCCUCCACCUCGGCACCAACAUACCCGUGUUUCCUGGAGGCAGACGAGUCGUUUGUUCUGUCGGAUGCCCUGCUGGUGGUGCUGGACAUGGACGAGGGCACGCUUAGCUUCAUGGUGGACGGCCAGUACCUGGGCGUGGCCUUCAGAGGGUUAAAGGGCAGGAGGCUGUACCCUAUCGUCAGUGCCGUGUGGGGACACUGUGAGGUCUCCAUCCGCUACGUCAAUGGACUCGAUCCGGAGCCCCUCCCCCUGAUGGACCUGUGCAGGCGAGUGGCCAGGCUGGCUCUGGGGCGGGACCGAGUCAACCAGAUAGACACCCUCCCUCUGCCAGAGACCAUCAAGAACUACCUCCAGUACCAGUGAACCUACACACCAGGACAACGAAUGACUGCUUGACGACAGCUACAUUUCACUACAGUCAACCCAAAACAAUUGAACCCUGAAACACUGGACAUCUACUGAGGAUGAUGAUGAUGGUCGGGAGGAAGCCUAUAAAGGAGUUGCGAGUUUCCUUUUAGGAUGUGUCCAUUUUGAACUCUAUUGUUUCAGUUUGCUCACUGCUGUCCCCCAGAUGGACAGAUGAGUGAUUGAUGGACAGACGGAGGUAGAUGGGCAUGAGACUGGACUCUAGCAGAAGUGUUGGGCUAUGAUGCUGGCUUCUCAUUGGGUCUAUGGGUUUAUAGCGUGUAAGCUUCUAGAAUAUAUUCCUGGAGGAACAGGGUGUUUUGGGGAUGAUGCACGCAUAGUUACUGUACAUCUAUACAGACUCUGGAAGCCUCUCUGAACAUGUAGAUAUUUCGACUCUAUAGCAGGCUCUACUGAGGCUCACCAGCCCCUAGCCACAGGGACGCGAACAUCGUUCAACGCAUGCAUAUGCAAACACUAGCUCAUGCUCAUAGGGGCUGUUUUCACUGUGUGAGGUUUUAUGUAUGUGUGGGUUGGUGCGUGUCGGUCUUGCUCCGCAACAGGCACCCUAAGACAUCAGUCUGAACCACUGAGUUUGGCAACACUGCAGCCUUUAUCUCUAGUCCCCUGCUGCACUGCACCUUCCUCACCUCAACUGGCAGUCUCCCUUUAUUUAUCAGUGGGUUUCAUUGGAUCCAUGCCUCUGUCUGGGUGAGUGACUGGGGGUGCAUCCACAGUGGCACCCUAUUCCCUACAUAGUGCACGCCAUCUGAUCAAGUGUAGUGCACUAUGUAGGGAAUAUGGUGCCAUUGUGGACAUACCUGGAAUAUUGUCAGUCAGUGUGAUGUGUUAAAGCUGAGGUUGGUCUGAGGGCCAAUCUGUUACUGUUUAUGUGCCUGCUCAGAGAAAGUACAUCUAUCACAGGAGACAAAGAUCUGCUGCUUUUUUCCCUCUUUCUGUUCUUAUCCUGAUGGUGACUAUUCCUUUAAGUAUAUGUUCUGUUUUUAUGACUGGGGAUUUAGUUUGUUUCUGUUUUUUUUUUUUUUUUUUCUAUGGUUUUGAGAUCUAUUUGCUGGACAGGAAGUGACCCGGGUGAGACAGGAAGUCUCGCUGAGAGAGACUGAUCGAGGAAUGUGCUGCCAUGAGAAUCUUUUAAAUGUGAAUAAAACACAAACAAACUGAACCAAACACGCUGGUGUUUUCUGUCCAGUUGGACCUACUGUCACCUCCAGUAUGCCAGUCAUCCAAAUGAAGGGAAGUCUCAAUGCUGCCCAGCACCUUCACAACAGUAUGCCUUUGAACCAAAAAAGAAGUGAGUUAUUUAACUGUGAUUUAAAGUAUGUUGCUGUAGUUGGAUGCCUGUAUUUGAUAUUUAGUCCGUGACGUUUUCUGAAGCAGGCAGGCUUUGAACAGAGAACAAAGCCUGUUAUGUGAUCACAGUACAGACAAAGCAGCUUUCCCUGACCAUUCAUGUUUUACAGCAUAAAUGUGUCUGUCAAUCAUAUCAAGAUCACACCAGGACAGCAAAGUGGUACUGAUGAGAUGAUUUAACGUAAGUGGUGAGAGAGUUCGGUUGUAGGGAAGGAAACAUUUCCCUAAAUGGUUACAAUAAUCCUACUCAAUAGGUAGGGAUGAUUUUGCAGGGCCAUCGUUACCUGCCCAUUACCAGAAGUGUACAUAAGCUUUUGUUAUAGCAAUUGGCUCAUUCACCCCCCCCCCCCCCCCCCUGUAACUAUUCACCAGGUCAUUGCUGUAAAUGAGAAUGUGUUCUUGUCGACUUACCUGGUAAAAUAAGGGUUACAAAAAAAUGUAUCUCAGGCGAAGGCUUUAGUGCUGAAAUGUAGGUUAAGAAGCAAGGAUUUGAAGGAUGAAGUGCUUCAGGGCAUGAUUCUGGACACAGCAUCACAGUUAGAGGCUAAGACAAGGCAUUGGAAAUCAAAUAUCAGUUAAAUGAGAUCAUCCCUGCCCUUGGAAUUUAGUCAUUAAUUUACUCCCUUGCGGAAAGGUAGGAUCAAAUCAGGAUAAAAGCUGGUGCUCAGAAGUUUGAUCUGUCUAAAAGGGGCUUAUCCUUGAUACACCCCCUGUGUCUUGACAGUUUGUUGUGACAGCUUGAUUUGAGCUGCGCUACUAUGCUGAUUUACAAUUGAGCUCUAUAUCCUGUUGACUGGGGUAUAAUCUGACAACAGUGGCUAUUGGCUCCCUCCUUUCUCUUCCCUCUCCCCAUACUCAACUAAUUUCUCCCCACUUCUCACCCUCCAACCAGCUUCCAUCAUCGUCCAUAUUAUUACUGUCUGCACUCUCCUGUCCCUUACCUCUUAUGCCUGUACUUUCCAUCAUCACAAAAGGUGUAAUCUCUCCCCUCACCUGUCUAUUCUACUGCCUUCACUCUCCAUGAUGCCCAUCAACAUUCCUCCUUUCACUCUUCUCUGCUCCAUCGUCUUUACCUCACUCCUUUCCCUCCCUCUCAUCCUGUAUUGAGUGACAUGGAGGGCGGAGAACUGUAGCAGUUGAAGUGCUGUUGUCUCCCACAGAGGCUGCAUGGAGGGAAGAUGAAGAAAUGUAUAAUUCCUAAAAGAAAAUCACCUCUAGGUUUGUUCUUAUCUCAUUCAGAGCGUUAUGUAAAAUGUAUUGUUUGAUUCUGUGGUCUGUUUCUCUCGCUCAGAUUAAAUGAAUGAGUGCUUGACUUCUCAAAGCUACUUUUAUCUUUAACC